CAUUUGCGCGCCAACCCUUUCCCCUAAUGACCCUAUCUUGGUCGCGGCGCUGGUGCAGAUUUGUGGGCUCGAUAGGGUAGCAUUGAGUGACCCUAGAGUGUUUCCUCACCGGAGGGUCUCGGUACAGCGUCCCACGGGAAGAAGAGACGAUCUCCUCUCUGAUCCUUCACUCGUCAACCUUCCCUCACCAUCGUUCUCCAUACCCGGUGCCCUUCAAUUCUUCGCCACAAAAGGGUUAACCCUAGCGGACAUGGUGACCCUCUUAGGAGCGCACACCAUAGGGUUCGCUCACUGCAGCGUGUUCCAGAACAGGCUCACGAAUGUUCGAGGGGGAGAAGACCCCACCAUGGACCCUGUCUUGGCCGCGACGCUGGUGCAGAUUUGUGGGCUUGAUAGAGAAGCUUUGAGUGACCCUAGAGUGUUUUAG